UGGGCUGGGUGAAAAAAACUACACGGGCUGUGGGGCUCAAGGCGACUAUAAAACAGCUUUCUUGCCCAUUGUGUUGAUGUAGUCAAGAAAUAUACCGUAACGCACAGACGGAGAUGGAGGAGUGAGGCGGGACCGGUUUGGGUGGCUGCUAAGAAACGUUUGUCUUGCGGUUUGCGAGCAAACUUUGUGAGGAGAUUUAUUUGUGGCGGAGUCUGCCGAUGACAAUCCUCUGAAACUUUAACUCUCGUGUUUGAGACGCAACAGUGCACAUAAACUAGAUUUUUAUUAUUUUAAUGCUCGUAAGAGAAACGGCAGUUCUGAAAUUAGUUUUGCGAGUCGUAUAUCUGUCCUCUAGUCACAGUUUGAACAUUAGCGGGACAGUAUUAGGAAAGGUAUUUUGCUGACUAGGGUCUCCGUAUAGUUGACGCGGCUGAAAUGGGAGCGGGUGACGGGCGCUCGGUGUCUGCGGUUCACCGGAGCUCUUUCCUCCUGAGGACGCUGCUGCUGGUACUGUGGCUGACAUGCGUUCAGGGGACGUGGGGACCCGGAGUUUACAAAUACCAGACCGGGACAGCACUCCACAAAGAUCAGUCGAAGAGGAACUGGUGUCCGCAGACAGUGACUAAGACGGUGACCUGUCAGGUGCAGAAUGGCACCACUCUCCAGAGGGUCUAUCAGACCUGCAGGUGGCCUCAGGGAUGCAAUGGAGGAAGCUAUCGCACUGUGGUCCGGCCAUCCUAUAAAGUCGUGUACCGCACCAUCACCUCUCUAGAAUGGAAAUGUUGUCCUGGAUACAGCGGACCUCAGUGUGAGGAAGGAUCAUCAAGUAACCUGGUUGCCCAGGAGGCUGUAAGAAAACAGGCUACACUUCUGAAACCUGCUUCUAAAACAGGAGAACAUAUCUCAAACUGUUUGAAUUGCAGUCGUAUCACUGCCCUCACAGAUCGUGUGAGCUCUCUGGAGGCCAAGGUUCAGCUUCUUACCGCCCCUGCCUCCACCUCUCAUCGACAGACGCAGUUAAAAAAUGAACCUGACUCCUCCUUGCUGAUGGGGGCGCCACCUGCCAAAGGUUCUCCUGGGGCUCAGGGUCCCGCAGGUCCACAGGGCGAGAAAGGCCGGGAUGGCUUACCCGGUAAAGACGGGUCUCGAGGUCUGCCAGGACUCAAAGGUGACGCGGGCAGCAGAGGUCCAUCUGGGGCUCCAGGGUCUAAAGGAACAGCUGGUCCUCCAGGUCCUCAGGGACCACCGGGCCUCCCAGGAGAGAGGGGCCUCCCUGGGCCACCCGGGCCCCCCGGACCACCAGCCCCUGUACCUGAACAAGAUGGCCUGAAAAAAGACAGUCUGCUUCAUAACAGCUUCCCUGACCUCCGAGUGACCCCUUCACAUGGACCACCAGGUCCACCUGGACCCACCGGUCCUCCAGGACCGAUAGGACCCAGUGGACCGUCAGGCCCUAUGGGACAAACUGGAAAGCCAGGAGCUCCUGGUUUGCAAGGCCCUGUGGGACCAAAAGGCGAACGAGGCGAAAGAGGACCUCUUGGAUAUCCAGGAGAGAGAGGGUUCAAAGGAGAGCCGGGAGCGCCAGGACCUAAAGGAGAGCCAGGAGAGAAAGGUCUUCCGAGCGAAUUGAACGGGGAUGGGAUACACCAAAUCCGCGAGGCCCUGAAGAUCUUAGCCGAGAGGGUUUUAAUCCUCGAGACUAUGAUCGGUAUCCAUGUGAAGAGCAAAGUGUGGUGGAGGACAGGGGCCAAGUACUCAGCCUGCCAUCCACGAGCCCAGCCCCCCACCAUGCUUGUCAAAAACUCUUGAUCUUUGAUAGGACUUUAAUUUGAAGAAGUUCCAAGACUUGCAGGCUGACUUAGAGCUGCUGGCUCGCAGGGUGCAGCUGCUGGAGGCGAUCAUCUGGCCAGGUAAUGCCCGCCUCCCCUCGUCUAGCGAGUCAAUCUACUGCCAUCUCCUGGCCAGUUAGAAGAUCAGCACACAGCAAGGAUUAUAUGAACCCAAAAAAAGACUCCAUCCAGGGCCAGACACCGGCAGUGUUUCCCAGUUACUACCUCUCAUAAAGUUGAUAUGCAACCACUAGGUAUUUAGUAGAUGCUUUCCCAUCCAUAGUGACUUACAGUAGGCUACAUUUACCAUAGAGAUAAAGCUGCUGCAGCGGCAACAACCCAGUUUCAGUGCCUCUCUCAAGCAUGCAGUGCGAUGAUGGGAACCGCAGUAAAUCACCCCGUCUGAAGUUUGAACCAACAUCCAUUGAAUUACGAGUAAAGAUUUUACCCACUUCUUCCUGUGACUGGAGACCCAUCAUUACCCACCAAAACACAGCCAUACCACAGGGCUCCAGACUCAAAAAUCACCAGGUUGAAAUGGCUACUAAAAGACAAAUUAAUUCUUAUUUGUCAAAUUUCGGAAUUGCUUGAUAAAGACUUUUGCUCAGACAUCGUAUAAACCAGGGUGUUGUAGUGAUAAAGAUUGUAUUUGUGCCAUAUAUUCAUGCAUUUUGUAAGAAUAUUUAUUCCUGUUCAGAGAAAAAUAAAAUAUUGUGUUGAUUGUCUUACAUUCCCAUACAAAGUUUCCCUUACAGUUGAUCUAGCCUUACCAAUAGACUGUACUGUACUAAAGAAUAACCAAUAAUAUAUUGUUAUUUUACAAAGUAAAGUUUCCCAUAUUGAUUGAAACUUUUAAAUGGAGCUAAUAUAAAUAAUAAUAAUAAUAAUUUAAAAUAAUUUGAGUAUCAUUUAUAAAUCAUACAGUAUAGAGUAUCAUUUGUUAAUUUAUAUAAACAAUAGUAAGUAAUUCAUUUUAUCAAAGUUUUCUUUACAGUUGAUUCAGCCGCACUGACUGUGCAAAAAAAAAAAAAAAAUCAGUAAUAUUUUUUUUAAAUAUCAAAAUAAAUAGAUUUUUUUUUAAAUAUAAUUUACUAAUUUAUACAACACAACUCUGUUUUAUCUAUAACUACAAUGUUCUCUAAUUAUUUGCAUAUGAACAACCAGUCAUUUGAUUUAAGACUCUAAAUCUAAAAUACCCCCCCCCACACACACACACAUUUUUAUUUUAUUUAAACCACUAAAAAGAAUCGGUUGAUAAGAAUCAUUUGUUCAUGUUUCGGGCAUCAACUUUCACAACAACGUAACUCUUUAUGCAACUUUUCAUGCAGAUCAUUUCAUGACUGUCACUAAUGAAUAAUGAUCGUAAAUGAUAAUAAAUGUUUAAUUAAUUUUCGUCAGUCUGGGGCCCUGUUACCACCCUUCUUCAUCUCAAUAUUGUAUAACGUGAUCUCCAUAUGCCACUCUUAGAAUGAACUAAAUGAAUGGACUAGCCACUUACAAAGUAUUUAGAGUAACAGAUUAGCACUUAGCAGCCUUAACUCUCUCUUCCUUCAACAGAACCAGAUCUAGGGUCAGGAGAUGGCCUCUUUGGCACACCGUCUCCAGAUGUCUACCGGAUUAAGAGGGCAAGAAUGUCAUCUUUCCGAGUCAAUUCUCCCUUAAUCACUGCUGAGACCAAGGUUCGAGGGAAGUAGUCU